AAGCCACUCAACUUUAGACAUUCAAUUCAAAGGAAAACAAAAAAGGUUACAGUCAUAAUAACAAAAAUAAUAAAAAAAAAAUAGUCAAAAAAUGGCUCCAUCAGGAAUCAUACCCUUAACGGCCCUGUCCGAACAAAAUUAUCUCGAGCCCAAUUUCAUAAGGGACGUGGACGAGCGGCCCAAGGUGGCCCACGACCAAUUUAGCGAUGAAAUUCCGGUGAUCUCUCUCGCCGGAGUAGAUGGCGGCGACCGGGCGCAGAUAUGCCGGAAAAUCAUCUCCGCUUGCGAGGAUUGGGGAAUUUUCCAGGUUGUUGACCAUGGGGUUGACCUGGAGUUAGUCGAGAGCAUGAACCGUUUGGCUCGCGAGUUUUUCGACUUGCCGGCCGAUGAGAAACUCCGGUUUGACAUGUCGGGUGGGAAAAAGGGGGGUUUUAUCGUCUCUAGCCAUUUGCAGGGUGAAGUGGUAAAAGAUUGGCGCGAGAUAGUGACGUACUUCUCCUACCCAAUAAAGGCCCGUGACUACACGAGAUGGCCCGACAAGCCCGAGGCCUGGCGGGCCGUAACGGAGGCCUACAGUGAGCGUUUGAUGGACCUGGGCUGCAAGUUGCUGGAGGUUCUGUCCGAAGGAAUGGGCCUUAAUAAGGACGCUUGGGCCCAAGCUUGCAUUGAAAUGGACCAGAAAGUGGUGGUCAAUUUCUACCCCAAAUGUCCACAGCCAGACCUCGCAUUGGGCCUAAAAAGGCACACGGAUCCAGGUACAAUUACUCUACUGCUCCAAGAUAAGGUGGGCGGGCUUCAGGCGACCCGUGAUGGUGGCAAGACAUGGAUCACGGUCCAGCCCGUGGAGGGUGCUUUUGUGGUCAAUCUUGGUGAUCAUGGUCAUUAUCUAAGUAAUGGGAGGUUUAAGAACGCGGAUCACCAAGUCGCAGUGAACUCGACCUGCAGCCGAUUAUCGGUGGCGACUUUCCAAAAUCCGGCAGCCAAUGCCAGUGUUUACCCUUUAAAAAUCGAGGAAGGCGAGAAGCCGAUAAUGGAUGAGCCAAUCACGUUCGCGGAGAUGUACAAGCGGAAGAUGAACAAGGAUCUCGAGAUAGCUAGGCUCAAGAAAAUGGCUAGGGAGAAGUUGUUGCAAGAGGAGGAGCUUGAGAAGGCAAAAGUUGAAGUUGAAGCUAAAGUUAAAUCCAAAGGUCUUGAGGAAAUUCUAGCUUAGUUCUUUUCUCACAAUUGGAAAAGGGAGAUACUUGAACUUGGUAUUGGUAAGGAAUUGUUUGUUGUAGAUGCAAUAAUUUUUUGUUAAUUUUUUCUUUGUUUCUUGAGACCAGUGUGAAGAUAUUGCACCAUAUCUUGAAGGAUAUGUAAGUCUGUGGUCCUUAAAAUUAUGUGAGCUUACAAUGGUAUGGUAAAAUUAUUUAUUUUGUAAUAAAUUGUUUGGUGAGAAAAUAGACAAAAGUGUGCAAAAGUUGUUGAUUGUUUCAUGUAUGAUGUAUUGAUGUAUGGAUAAAAAAACAAGAAUUUACCUCUGUACA